AUGUCAAGCGAAGAAGGUCAAUUCCAAGUACAAGGUUACAACAUUGUAACCAUUCUUAAAAGAUUAGAAGCCGCCACUUCUCGUCUUGAAGAUAUCACUGUAUUUCAAGAACAAGUCAAUAAGAAAAGAUUAGGAUCAGGCGAACCACAAGCUGGUGAAGAUGCUGCUACUUCCACAAUUGCGGCUUCUGAAUCUGGAGCCACUUCUAAAUCAAUUGAAGGUACUUCUUCUGUUGCCACUGCUGCUGGUGCUCCUGCUCCGGCUAUUGUUGAAGAGAAAGCUAAAUCAGUGGUUGUUUUUGAACAACUUGUAAAUGACCAUAUUAUUCCAUUUGUUACUAGUUCCAAAUCAGUUGAUGAACCAGUUGGUCAAGCUGCCCAAUUGUUAGCUGACGCAUUUGUUGCUCAAGGUAAAUUCUUAGAAAUUGUUAGUAAAUCUAAAAAACCGGAGAUGAGUGAUCCAAAUUUUAUUAAUUUAUUAAGUCCAAUGAAUGAAAAGAUUAGUAAAAUCAUUGAAAUUAAGGAUGUAAACCGUCGUUCUACAUUUUUCAAUCAUUUAAAUACCAUUAGUGAAGGUGCCCCGGUUUUAGGGUGGAUUGUUAGUGAGACACCAAUUUCUUUAAUUCCUGAAUUUAAAGAUAGUGCUAAAUUUUGGUCAGAUCGUGUUUUAAAAGAAUAUAGAGAAAAGGAUAAGGCUCACGUUGAUUGGGUUAAUCAGUUUAUGAAUAUCUUUGAUGAAUUAAAGACUUAUGUUAAGGAAUAUCAUGCAACGGGUCCUUCUUGGAAUUCAAAGGGAAAACCAUUAGCUGAGGCAAUUAAACAAGCUGAAGCUCAAGCAGCUCCUGUUGCUGCAUCCAGUAGUGGUGCCCCUCCACCUCCACCUCCACCACCUCCUCCACCAGCUAAUCUCUUUGAUGAUGAUAAAUCUGCCGGUGGUGCUGCUGCACCAGCAGGAGGAAUCAAUGCAGUUUUUGCCGAAUUAAAUCAAGGUUCAGCUAUUACUUCAGGAUUGAAAAAAGUUGAUAAAUCAGAAAUGACCCAUAAGAAUCCAGAAUUAAGAAAACAUGCUCCAGUGGUACCUAAAAAACCAACCAAACCAUCCACUUUAAGCAGCACUCCACCUCCAUCUGCACAAGCUACAGCAACCAAGAAGAAACCAGCAACUAAGGACUUAGUAGAUGGUACUAAAUGGGUGAUUCAAAACUAUACCAAAUCCGAUAUUUCCGAACCUAUUGUUAUUGAAGUUGAAAUGCAUCAAUCGGUAUUUAUUGGAAAUUGUUCAGAUAUAACUAUUCAAUUAAAAGGUAAAGCCAAUGCUGUUUCUAUUUCUGAAACUAAAGGAUGUGGAAUUGUAAUUGAUUCAUUAAUUUCUGGAGUUGAUAUUAUUAAAUCAACUAAAUAUGGAUUACAAGUUAUGGGAUUAGUACCCAUGAUUAGUAUUGAUAAGUCAGAUGAAGGUGCUUUAUAUUUACUGAAAGAUAGCGUUGAUGCUGAUAUUCAAGUGUUUACUAGUAGUACUACUGCUUUGAAUAUCAAUGUACCUGAACAAGAUGGUGAUUAUCAAGAAUUGGCUGUACCAGAACAAUUUGUCCAUAGAAUUAAAGGUGGUAAAUUAUCAAGUGAAAUUGUAGAACAUGCUGGUUAG